AUGAAAAGGCACUUGCACAGUCAAAACACAGGGAGAUCAUAUGGAGUUCUGUUGCUGCUCGCAUUUGGUGCUGCCGUAUUUGGAGUUAUGACUCUCCACAAGCUCAGGGACAGGCGCAUCUGCAACCACUUUAUCAAGGAGAAAGAUCGCGAACUCGAUGGCCUUAAACUCCUCUUCCAGAAAGAAAGAGAACAGGCAAAAGAAACCAGAAGACAAAUAGAGGACAUGAAAUCCAAUAUACACUGGCUUGGUACACAGAAAACGGAUCUCGACAGUAGGAUAUCAGAGAUGAAGUCAACAAUCUCUUCCCUUAAAGAAGAACAAAAAACAAUUGAAGUUGCCCUUGAGGAAAAGCAGAGUGAGAUUAAGAUGCUAAGGGAAAAACAGAUGGAAACGAAGUCCAACGAUUCCCACGUUGCAUUACUUUCUGAAACUUUGAGACAGAAAGAGGCUGAAAUUGAGGAUUUAAAACACCGUCUUAAAUUUUCACCAAUAAAGGUCUGGUCAGCAAGUGCAGAUGACCCAUCAAAUCCAGCAACAAAUUUCACUACCGAAGCUGCAGGAAGAAUGGACAAUGGUAGAAAAGGAAGCGAACAAUUGCAUGAAUUAAUCAAAAGAAAAGACCAGAAAAAUUCAGCAGGAGAGAUAGACAGCAACACCAAUGAAGCUGCCCAUAACAGAAAGAAGGAAGUCACUGGAGAAGGUGAAAACACGGGAAGAACUGGUGAAAGAUUUGACAUCGUGAAAGGGAAAACUGGAGACGAGCAGUCUCAGCAGAUGGGAACUUCUCAAAAAGAUGUCCAAAGCAGCAACACCAUUUUUCAAACUAAUAAAGGCCAAAGACAAAACACUGACAAUCAUAAGAAUGGGGAAGAAUCUUACCUAGACGAGAAAACAUACACCAGUGACAACGCAUUUAAUGAAAAUGAGCAUGAUAGAAAUCAAGUGCAAAAGCAAAGCAAUGAAGUUGGAAUGAAUGUUAAAGGUGUGACUAAGUUAGAAAUGCAAGAGAAUUCAAACAGAAGAGGAACAUCAAGAGUGACCAAGGACUACAUGAGAAAGACAAGAGAGAAAAGACGGCAAAUAAUUGCUAUGCGCCAAGUAGAUGAAAGUGGCAUGCAUCCGGAAAGUCGUGAAAUUGCAAGCAUGAGAAACAGAAAAUUCUUGAAAGUAAAAAUGGGAACUGAAAGGGUAGCGAGGGUUGGAGGCAGUAUACUGGAAAUAAGGGACCAUCAGAAAGACAAGGACAUGGACGUGAACAUGAGGAAGAAAUCUGGCGAGCAAGGUUACGGGAUAGAAAUGACCAAGAAAAUUCAACAAGGCGAAGAUUCAGCAUUACAAAACAAUGACGAGAUAAGGUCAGAACAAGGAGCGAAUUCAGAUACAGGGAGGCGCAGAAUGCAAGAUGUUGGAACAAAUCAUGAUGAUAGUCCACCAGGUAAGACAUGGCCAAACUCUAACAAUUUUGCAGAUGCAGAGGAAGGGAACCAAGAAGUCAUGAAUCAUGACAUGACUCAGAAGAUUGAGAAAGAGAAGGAAAAAGAAGUCAGCAAUAAAGAAACUGAGUUGCUCCAGAAUUCUCGAGAAGAAGGGUCCGCAAAUACAGCUCUUUCAAAGAAGAGUAGCAUCUCAGAAGAGGCCAGAAAUCAAAAAUCAGAUGAAAUAGUACAAUCAGAGGAACUAACUAGCACCAUCAGAGAAGAUACAGAGCCAACGCAAGCUCAAAAUCUUUCAAAUUCUUCUGAACAUGUGACAAUUGCUGAAAGGGAUGUCAAAGAAGAUGACAAUCAAGAGGUUGACUAUUAUCAGGAACCAGAAGAAGACGAAGAUCAUUCUGGAGGAGCACAGGAUGUUAGUAAUCAAAAAUCAGAUAACACUGCACGAACAGAAGGAGAAACCGACAGAGUCAGAGAAGAUAGAGACCAAAAGCAUGCGCACAAUCUUCAUUAUCCUUCUAACCAUGUAAAAACUGCUGAAAGGGAUGUAAGAGACGAUUAUCUUGAAGUUGAGAAUGAUAAGAGCACAGAAGAGGAGCCAGGCAAUACGACAGGCUCUACUGCCAGCUUGGGAGAGGAGGGAGAAGAUGGGGACCACAAUGAUGAGGUCUGA